GGGCCCAAACCCAAUUCCCCUUUGUUAGUCUCGGAAGCAGGAAACAGAGUGAGAAAGAGAGAAGAAGAAGAAGAAAAAUGGUACUGAGCGCGACGGCGAUCGGCGCCUUAUUGGGUUUGGGCACCCAGAUGUACUCCAACGCCCUCCGCAAACUGCCCUACAUGCGCCAUCCAUGGGAGCACGUUUUGGGAAUGGGAAUUGGCGUGGUGUUCGUUAACCAGCUUCUGAAAUGGGAGGCUCAGGUUGAACGUGAUCUCGAUGUCAUGCUCGAGAGGGCCAAAGCAGCUAACGAAAGACGUUACAUAGAUGCAGAUGAAGAUUAGUGUAUGCGGUCAAGGAUUGCAGCAGUUGGUGAGAAUAAUAAUGAAAUGUAUUAAACUUGUUACAUUUGUUUUAUGAUUUCAUGUCACCAUGGUUGAAAAGCUGUUAAGCUUUUUCAAGCUAAUCAACCUAUUUUGUGCACAAGCUUCAGCAAGCUGUAAAACUGUUUGAUGAAAAUGUUAUGGGCUUAUGUCAUCAUGAAUAGCAUGAUUCAAUCGAAUAAUUUGGUUUAUUAUCACAGUUAUUUUGUGACACCAA